UGGAGAGAGAAGGCGGGCGCAGGAGGGAAAGAUAGGAAGAGAGAAGCAAGCAGCUUCGAACGACGACUGGCUGAGUCGACUCUGAACGAUCUCAUUAUCUGUUUUGGUUCUUCUCUGCUCAUUCGCAUUCGCCUCGUUGAAUCCAAAUCUCUCCACCGUUAAUUUUCUCCGUUUCGUUUAGCUCAUCGGCCCGUCACUCGUUCUUGAGCCGUCUACGGUGGUUAAUCGCCGGCGCGUCACCUCAGAUCCCGUCGAGUCCGAUUAUUCACUCUGAUGAUCUGGGCUUUAACCAUGAACGGUGUGGCUUGCUGCGGAGUCUGAUUCUUUGAAGCGGAACCAUUUUUUGAUUUGGGAUUUGGUUCUGGAUCUUGCGUCUGAUAAUUGUUUUUAGGGCUGGAGUAAUAGUAUCUCAUUGAACUGCUCCUGUCUGUGAGGGAAGAAAAUCUCCUCUGCAGCUGUCUUUGCUGUUAGAUUGCAAAGGCUUGCAUUUUCAUGUCUCGUAAGUUGGAGAGUCCUGUCCAGACACAAAUGGCAGUUGCACUUUUGAAGAGCCCCCUCACCGGGGAAUUCCACGACUCUAGCAAGAUAGGAGUGAAGACACCCGUGGGUCGGAGACGGGUUUUUGUCCAAACAGAGACUGGUUGUGUUCUUGGGUUGGAGUUGGAUCGUAGCGACAAUGCUCACACUGUGAAAAGAAAGUUGCAGAUUGCACUUAAUUUCCCCACAGACGAAAGCUCACUGACCUUUGGGGAUAUGGUGCUAAAAAAUGAUCUCACCGCUGUCAGGAACGAUUCCCCACUCCUCCUAACCCGAAGCAAUUUCCACAGGAGUUCGUCCACUCCUUGCCUUUCACCAUUAGGGGCUGAUGUACAGCAGCGGGACCGGAGCAGUCCUAUCGAGAUUCUGGGACAAUCUGAGAGAUUUCCUGUCGUAAAGCAGAUGGUUAAGGAUAUUACAAAGGCGAUGAAGAGGGGAGUUGAUCCACUCCCGGCAAAUGGUGGCCUUGGAGGGGCUUACUACUUUAGGAAUGUGAGGGGUGAGAGUGUUGCCAUUGUUAAACCAACUGAUGAGGAACCUUUUGCUCCAAACAAUCCAAAAGGGUUUGUUGGUAAGGCCCUUGGGCAACCUGGUUUGAAGCGGUCGGUGAGGGUCGGGGAAACAGGGUAUCGAGAAGUUGCAGCCUACCUCCUCGACAGGGAUCAUUUCGCAAAUGUUCCUCCUACCGCCCUUGUGAAGAUCACUCACUCGGUAUUCAACGUCAACGAUGGGGUGAACGGAAACAAGCCUACUGGUAAGAAGAAGCUGGUCAGCAAGAUUGCUUCCUUUCAGCAGUUCAUACCCCAUGAUUUCGAUGCCAGCGACCAUGGCACAUCCAGCUUCCCUGUUUCGGCUGUGCACCGUAUCGGUAUUCUAGACAUAAGGAUCUUCAACACGGACAGGCAUGCAGGAAACCUUCUGGUGAGGAAGCUGGAUGGCAUCGGGUGUUUUGGUCAGGUGGAGCUUAUUCCGAUCGACCAUGGUCUUUGCUUGCCUGAAACCCUGGAGGACCCAUACUUCGAGUGGAUUCAUUGGCCUCAAGCAUCGAUCCCGUUCUCAGAAGACGAGCUCGAGUACAUUGGGGAUCUCGAUCCUUUAGGAGAUUGCGAGAUGCUGAGAAGGGAACUUCCCAUGGUACGGGAGGCUUGUCUCAGGGUUCUUGUUCUUUGCACGAUUUUCCUAAAGGAAGCUGCCGCACAUGGGCUCUGUCUUGCCGAGAUCGGCGAGAUGAUGAGUAGGGAGUUUCGUUCAGGAGAAGAGGAGCCGAGUGAACUGGAACUGAUAUGUCUGGAGGGGAGGAGGUUGAUAGGGGAAAGAGUAUCAGUUUCUUCUCCGAGGUCAGACUUAAGCGGUGAUGCCGAGUUCCAAUUCGACAUAGACUGUGAGGAAGCGAUACUGGAGUCAGAUUACACGACAAAACCGCCAUCCCCACGCGGAUUCACUCUUGGGAAUGGCCGUCUUCCACUGUCAAGACUGGAAGAAACCAUCCAGGAGGAGGAGGAAGAAGAAGAAGAAGAAGGGGAAGAGGAUGAUAGCGAAGCAGGUGGUCGGGAGAGAAUGCUGACAAGUUCAAAUCUUUCAAUGUCUCUGAAAAGCGCAGUUAUGGGAGGAGACAAGAGAUCGGAGACAGCAAUGUACGAACAGAGGAGGAGUGCGAACGAGCAGAUUCCGGCGAGCGCGAGCUUUGUGAGGCUGUCGGACAUGGACGAGGAGGAGUGGGCGGUGUUUCUGGACAAGUUCCAGGAGCUGCUGUACCCGGCCUUUGCGAAACGCAGGUCAUUCACCAUGGGGCAGAAGCAGAGGCUGAGGCUUGGCACUUCCUGCCAGUUCUGAGUCAGAAGACAACUUAGUUGGUUUUGGUUACAAAGAGGGGGGGCUGCUUGUGGAACUAGGAGGUUAGAGUUGGAGCUUGAAAGGGGUUUUUAGGGUUUAAACCCCCUCCUCUUGUUUUCUCGUCUCUUUUACUUCUUUCUCGUGUAAACUUCUAUGUCACGACGUUAUAUAUAUAAAUAAACUUUGUAGAA